AUGCGUAAGUUCUGGAACUCUUCCGGCUAUACGCCGAGUCAUUCCAAUGAGGAUGCGGCUGUUCAAACGAGCACCGCCACUAAGAGAAUGGAAACACUUCUUGUCGAGGAGAAUGGGCUUUUGAGAAAGGUUGAGGACAAGGGAAACCACGUCUAUCUGAUGUUCUUGAUGUUCGGAAUCGGAGCUCUGUUGCCAUGGAACAUGUUCCUCAACAUCUCGCACGAUUACUACACAACUUUCAAACUGAUGGACAACGGAACCGGAACCCCUUACUCGUCGAACUUCCAAUACUCCAUGACUGUCGCCGCACAGGUCCCGAAUCUUGUGUUCAGCUUCGCCAACAUCUUCUUGGCUGCCAAAGGUGAUUUGACUGCUCGCAUGCGCAUUUGCCUUGCCAUCGUUCAAGCAAUGGUUGCAAUCACCAUGGUGUUCAUCUACAUCGAUACCAGCGAUUUCAUUGCAACCUUCUACUACGUCACCCUUCUGAGCAUCGUCUUCCUCAAUGCAGCCAAUGGACUUUUCCAAAACUCGCUGUUCGGUCUCGCCUCUUCAUUCCCAUUCAAAUACACAAACGCUAUUCUCAUUGGCCAGAAUUUCUGUGGAACCGUUGUCUCUCUUUUGGCUUUGCUCACUAAAGUGGUUGCUAACAAUAUUGAGAGUAGAGCGGUUCUCUAUUUCGGAUUGGCGUCUAUUGCCAUCAUCACAUGCUUCAUUCUUCUUAAUGUCAUCAAGAAGUCGGCUUAUUUCAAGAGAUUCGAUGUGGUUGAGGCUAAUGCUUACUCGGACUUCGAAGGAGAGAUCACUACUUGGGAGGAUAUCAGAAUUGUCUUCUCUAGAAGCAAAAUGCAAUUCGCCAACAUUUUCUUCCUCUUCUUCGUCACUCUUUCGUUGUUCCCAAGCAUCUGCAUGUAUGUUCUUGCUGUUAAUACUGGAGAAACCUACGAUUUCAUUAUCUCGGAGAUGUAUUUCAUGGACGUGGGCACAUUCCUCAACUUCAACUUGUUCGCGUUCCUCGGAAGUUUGUCUGCAAACUACGUCAGAUUGUUCGGCCCAAAAACCAUCUGGAUCGCUGUCGCUGUUCGUGUCUGGUUCUUGUUCUACUUCCCAUCAGCCAACUACUUCCCACCACAAUCUGAACGUAUUUACGGUCCAGUCUUCGAAUCCACCUGGUUCUUCAUUCUCAAUGUCACCCUGAUGGCAUUCUCCAGUGGAUAUCUCAGCUCCCUCAUCAUGAUGUAUGCUCCAAGAGCUCACGAUGAGCCGAGAAUUCAAAGAAUGGCUGGAAUGAUCGCUGCUUUCUUCUUGAUCGCUGGUGUCGUCUCUGGAUUGGUCUUCGCUUGGGGCAUCAGUCUCAUCGUCACUGAUCCUCUUGCCAUCGUUCCAGUCAUCGAAACCAUCAUGGCGAAUGGAACUGCUGCAACCACCGUUGUUCCAGUGAUUGUUUCUACAAUCGCUCCAACUACUGCCAUUGUUCCAUAA